AUGAGUUUCGACUCGAUUCAUGCCCCCACCGCGGGCGGGAUCUUCCCCAAGCGGGCGCUGACCAUAGGGGACGAGUCCCACAACCACUUGCUCACCGUCUAUUUACAUUCCUUCAAUCCAGAGUCCAGCGAUCAGCGGAUUCGGAUCGAGUUUCACAAACGGUCGACCACAGAAGAGCUGGUGGAGAAGAUAGCUCAGCAGGAGAAGUUCGGUAAGAGGUGUUUUAAUACAAAGUUAUGGCCAAGGUGGCAGAAGAUUGUUUACCGUUUGGAAUUGUUUUUUAUACAGUGUUUUCACUCUGGACCUUUGUUUAAAUUAAGAUUGGGUAUAAAGAUAUUGAUCUAAUAUUUUUCUGAUAAUGAUUAUAACAUUCUUUGGCACUUUUGAUAUCAUAUAUCUAGUCUUAUGUUGUUGCAGGAGAUGCGACAGCUGAUGAAUUCGAGAUUUUUGAGACUAUGGGUACCCUCGAUGGUCGUACUUACAAAGAACGAAAGCUCGAUCCCGGAGAGUACCCUGUGGCAAUCCAAACUUUAUGGCCACGAGGUCAGAACGGAUCAACAGAAGACGACCCUUCCUUGCCUCGACAUCGCUUUGUGCUUCGGAAGAAAGGCAGUCGGUCGCUGAGAGGUCAGUCUGGAGCCUGUGAGAACUCAUCGACCAUCGACGAGUUCUUGGCCAAGUUCCUCCAACAACCGGUCGAUCGAGAGUACGCUGACCUCUGUAUGUUGCCAGAACUCACGGAACAGACCCUUCUGGAGAACUUGAGGGACCGCUUCAACAGUGGCCAUAUCUACACCUACAUUGGGCCGAUUCUGGUGGCCGUGAAUCCAUUCAAGUUCUUCCCCAUCUACAACCCCAAGUAUGCUCGACUUUACUGUCAGAGUAGACGGCUGGGAGCACUACCUCCACAUAUAUUUGCUAUCGCUGAUGUUACCUAUCACAAGUAAGGUUGGUUCAUAAAAAUAUGACUUAUUUUAGUAUGUUACGUAUCAAACAGAACCAGUGUGUUGUCAUCAGCGGAGAGUCAGGGUCAGGGAAAACAGAAUCCACCAACUUCCUGCUACACCAUUUGACGACGCUGAGUCAGAAGGGCAGCAACGGUAGCAGUAUUGAGCAGAUGCUGUUGUCAGCUGGACCUGUGCUUGAGGUGAGUGUAGUAUUAGUACUAGAAUGUCGUUUUAAAUUUUUUUUGAUGUUACCAUAAAAAAGUACCUUAAUAUUUAUGUACCCUGUUCAUCACAAAUUGACUUACAGGCUUUUGGAAAUGCAGUAACUUUACAAAACAACAACAGCAGCAGGUUCGGUAAGUUCAUCAAGGUCAACUACCGUGAGAACGGAAUGGUUUCUGGAGCCAACGUGGAGAUAUACUUAUUGGAGAAGUCGAGGAUCAUAUCACAAGCUGAGGAAGAGAGGAACUAUCACGUCUUCUACUACCUUCUGAAGGGUGCUACAGAGGAUGAACGGAAACGACACUUCUUGUUGGAGGUCGAGGACUACAAAUAUUUAAAUCAUGUAAGCAUAUGACAUUUUUGAUCUACCAACUUCCUGCUACACCAAAGACACUAUUUAUAUUUUGUCACUAAUGAAUAUUGUUUUACAUAUUUAAAUGUAUUUUUGAACAUUUGACUAUAUUGUUAUAGUGUCUAGAUGAUUUGAGUAGCUUUUGUCUAUAUAUGGUUAUAUUCAGAAUGACAUGUUCGGCCAAGGCGAUGGUAUCAACGAGAAGUACGAGUACGAACGUCUGAAGCAUUCGAUGGAAGCAGUUGGCUUCUCAAACGAAAGUCAACAGAAGAUGUUCGCCAUUAUAUCAGCGGUGUUAUUGUUGGGGAAUGUUGAGUUUGUGGAGGUAGGUUGAUCAGUAACAUUUUACAUGGUAUACGGUAUUUUUCUCUCAUAUAUAAAUUCCAAAUGAACACCAAAAGAGUAAUCAUAAAAUUGUUUGUCAAUUCACCAAUGACAUAGAUUAUCAAUUUCAGAGACCAGGCUACCACAGCGACGAAAACGCCUACAUUCAGAAGGCCGAGUUGAUCGACGUCAUCUCCGAGUUGUUGGGCAUCAAGGCCAACAUGCUGAAUCAGGCGUUGACGAUGCGCAGGACGGUGCUAAAGAAAGACGUGGUCAUCACAAGAUACCAUGUGGCCGAAGCCGUAAAUACUCGAGAUGCUAUGGCCAAGUGUCUGUACAAUGCUCUCUUCCAUUGGAUCGUGCUCAGAAUGAAUCAGGCGUUGAUCGGAAGGGAUGCCAGUCUCACCAAGAACCGCUUCUACAUUGGGAUUCUGGACAUCUUCGGCUUCGAAGACAUCGGAGCCCAAUGGAACUCUUUCGAACAACUCUGUAUUAACUACGCCAACGAACACUUGCAGGCCUACUUCAAUCAGCACAUCUUUCAGUUCGAGCAGGUAUCAGCUUUUUUACUCUACAUUAUGUUUUACACUGUAUAUUGUGUUUUCGUAUAUAUAUAGGCCUAUACUCUUUUAGAUUCUUUGACUAUGUAUAAUGAUAUUGUAUUUUUUACCAUAUUAAUGGUUCUAAUGUGUUUCAGGAGGAGUACUUGAAAGAGGGCCUGACAUGGACCAACAUUGAGUACACAGACAAUACCGAGUGUGUCCAGUUGUUUCAGGUAAUGUUUUUACUGAAAUAAGUUUCACUACAAGUUUGUAGCGAUCAAAUGCCGUUAUUUUACUGUUUCAGAGCAAACCUUACGGCCUUCUGAGGUUGGUUGACGAAGAAAGCAACAUCAACAAUGGAACCGACCGGUCUAUGUUGGAGAAACUGAACACUUUCCUCAAGAGCAAUGAGUACUACGAGAUCCCGCACAAACGUGAAGAUGCCUUUAUCAUCGCUCAUUAUGCUGGCAAAGUCAAGUACCAGGUCAAGGUAGAAUUACAUUGUAGUAGGACAUCGUAUGAAAUAUACAACAUGCAAACUUCGUAAUGUAUAUAAGUUUGUACAUUACAUACUAUGUAGUACUAUGUAAUGUGAUAUUGCAUCAAAUUUUAGGGUUUCCGAGAGAAGAACAAAGACCUGAUGCGACAAGAUGUGAUGACGGUGCUGAAAGGAAGCCGUAGCAUGUUCAUGAAGGAGAUCAUCGCCAACGACCCUGUAGCCUUCUUCAGGUGGAAGGUGCUCAGAUCCACAUUCCAAGCCAUGCACGCCUUCAAAGACAGUCUGCCGUUGAUUGGACGACACCGUAGAGCUGGUAAGACUUCUAGAUUUAUGUCAAGUUAUAUAGAUUGUGUUUGUUAUAACUUUGUUAAUCCCACCCGUAGUACUUUUAAUAUUACAUCUUUUUUACAUUGUGAAAUUUACACACUGUAAAUUGACAACAGUAUAUACGAAGAUGACUUUACAGAAAGCGUAGACAGAUUACUGGUACCACACGAACCCUCAAAGCCAGUUAGAAGAGGAUCAGAUUCCCAUCUGAAUGCCUUCUUGAGAGGUGACCUGAGUAUUGACAUCGUACCCGACUUCUGUGACACUUCAGUCUUCAAGACCAUCGUGAACCGAGCCAAGAAGGCUCCGUCAAAGCCGAGAGAAGAACGUCAGUCGGCCGUGAAGUCGCUACAAGCUGUGAAGGAGCUGAUCGGGAAGAAGCCGAUCUCCAACAAGCCUACCUCCGUAUCUCGGCAGUUCGAGUUCUCGCUCUCGAGGUUGAUGAAGACGCUGGCACAGGCGACUCCGUACUUUAUACGAUGUAUCAAGUCCAACAACGAGAAGGUAACAUUAUGUUAUGUAUAAGUGCAUGGUAUCUAUCAUGUCUGGCGAUCUUAUUACAUUUUCCAUGAUAUUACCCAACUUUACUCUUAUUACUAGUGAUACCUAAUGUCUUCUUCCAGAAUCCAAACUCCUUCGAUGACAAUAUUAUUUUACGCCAAUUGAGGUACACGGGUAUGUUAGAAACUGUCAGAAUUCGGAGGGCCGGCUACAGUGUACGAAUCGAAUACCAGGCAUUCGUACAACAAUAUCGUAUCUUGCUGCAAAAGGGCAGAGACAGUCAGAAAGAAGAUAUAAAGGAGUUCUUCCUUAACCAUUCACUCAUUGAGGCCGACAACAUACAGUAUGGAUUCAACAAGGUAAUUGAAGUUCAACUUUUAUUAACAUACUAUCUGAACGUGACCUUACGUAAAACGACAGUAUGAUAUUAGAACUAGUUUUUAACAACAAAUUACUAUAAUUGUUACAGAUAUUCAUGAGGGACGCCGAGAAGUUGCUUCUCGACGACCAGCUACAUCGUGUCAUAAUGGGUCACAUCGAAAAGCUCCAGAGCUGGUUCCGGUCAGUUCUAGCAAGGCGUCGGUACCUGAAGAUGAAGAUUGGCAUGGUGAGGAUGCAGGCCUGGGUGCGCGGAAUGUUGGCGAGGAAUCAGAUCCGGAAUCAGCACAUGGCCGCGCUUCUGAUCCAGUCAUGGUGGCGGAAGGAGGAGCAGCGUCAGAAGUUCAAGCAGAUCAAAGACGUCGUGACCCGGAUUCAGGCGUGGUAUCGUGGCCAGAAGUUCAGAGCCGAGUUCGAACUGAUGCGAAAACAAUGUCCGAAGAAGUUGAAGUUCGAGUUGAAUAAGGUACACCGAAUCGACCUGCCAUCCUUCAACCUGAACGACCCCAAGUUCUUUAGCACCUUCUCCAAGGAGGAGAUCAAGGAGGCCUUGGCCAAGGAUAUUUUAUCAAAAGAAGCCGAAGAGGCUGCUCUUGAAGAUACUGAUGUGUUCUCCAGUCCAGAAGACGAAGAGGUGGACAACAGUGGCAACUGGUAGGCUUUUAGUACCGUAUUACAUUACUGUUUACAGGGACUCCUCCGACAUUGAUCUCGAUGCUACCUUCAUACUCGAAGACACUAAGCUCAAGCUGAUAGGGUAAGAUAAUAAUGUAAAGCAACAAUUUGUAAUUGAUUUAAUUUUUACUCUAUAAUACCUAUCAACUACAUUAAUGACAAUACUGUGACCUUUUUAGUGAAAUUGACAAAGGAUUCCAACGUCGCCAGAGUUUGGCUACGACAGCGCCAACAGCUAAGGUAAGUACCAUACAGUCAUUUAGUGAAGGUUUCAGCUGAAAAUGCUACGGAGAGCAGCGAGUACGGAGAGUGACCAGCUACAGCGUCGCGACCUAGAAUCCAAGAUUCAGAGUCCCACGACCAAGAUGAAGUUCCAUAAACUGGGAUUCACGAAGGCGAGGAAGCAUCUGAAGGCACUACUGACACGAAAGGACGAUCUCAGUGAAGAAGACUUCAACGAAGCCCAAACAAGGUAUCUGAAUCCUGAGUACAUUAACUUCUGUUUAGCAUCUCAACGGACACGGAGAAGCUGGAGAUGGACAAGAAGAGCCACAGUCUGAAGAUGACCAGAAUCCACAAGGCUUCUGACAGCUGCUCCAUGUGUAACAAACCCUUGAGCAGCCUUCUGGUGCAGGGCUACAAAUGUUCAUCGUGCAAGUUGUGCUUCCACAAGGAGUGCUCUACCUUCUCGGCCAACAUUCCCUGUGUCCCCAUGAGUCCGCUACGGGAUUCUAUGAAGAAACCCUACCUUUUCAAGUAUGUCUAUUUGUGUUAUGUUAUAAAAGGCUCUAAAUUGUAUAAAGAAAUUGUAUUUUAGGGCGAAAGUGGCAUUGGCACCGUUAGUUAGCACCUUCAACUUGACCAAGACAAAGCAGCAGGUAACAUACUAUAUUCUUACUACUACUACAAUACCGUCUUACUACAAUACCGUAUAAUCUUAAAAAUUAUAGUAACAUUAACUAUUGUCUACUGCAGUAUAAUGCCUUCUUUCCAGACCGACCCAACUGCAAUGCUCAUCGAGACCACGGAAGACCUGAGGCAGUUCAGCAUGUUCAUCUUCCAGAAGCAGUGUCAGCUGGAGCAGGAGAAGAAGCGCGACACGGUAGUCGACGCCGUAUUCAAGAAGUCGCUCCGAGAGUUCCACAUGGAGCUGAUUGGCUGUGAGGCCGUCUUGACCGAAGGCCGAACGGUGCUGCGGUACCGUGACUUGAUCACGACCUUCGAAGGGCUCCUGACCAAGAUGUGUGCUCACGAAAACAUAACAUUCCCCACGACAUUAGGUGUCAACGCCUUCCGAGGAUUCUUGAACGGGUUCAUGCAAAAGCAGAUGAAGCGACGCGGCUCUCAUCGACGGACCAUCAUCAACACCGUCAGGAAGAAGCGACGACGUUCGGAUGUCACGGUAAGGGAGAUAUUGCAAUAACGUUGUGAUAACUGAUGAUAUAUCCAUUAGUUACCUGAUACACUAUUUGCAGAUUCUGAAUGGCCACAGAUUCAAGCCAGACUUCGUGCACGUCCCUACAUACUGUGAAGUGUGCAACCAGUUCAUGUGGCACGCCGAGAAGAUCUUCAUCUGUGACAAUUGUCGUUUGAGUUGCCACAAAAAGUGUCAUUCCAAGAUCAACGGACAUUGCUCCAAGCCCUUCCUCUCGACCGGUACCAGCAACUUCUUUGGAGUAGACCUAAGUAUACUAGUCGGGGAUGAACUGACAGCUCCACCUUGUGUCAACAACAUGUUCAUGGCCAUCGAGGUCAAGUCGCUAUUCAUCGAGGGUAUCUACCGUAAGAGCGGGUCGUUGGCCGCUGUCAAGACGAUACGACGUCAGAUCGAAGAAUCUGUCGGUAUGUUCAUAUUCAAUGAAGGUUCUUUGAAUAUCAUCUGACAAGUGUUCAUACUGUAACUUUUUCAGAACUGGAUACCUUUGACUUCUCAGAAAUCCCCGUCCACGUCCUCACCACCAUCAUCAAGCUGUUCUUCAGAGAACUUCGCGAGCCUCUCAUAACAUACGAACUUUACGAAAACUUCAUCCACGUCUCUGGUAAGGUCGUAUAGAUUAGGUAACAAGGAUUACUAUAAAACUAUUAUAUAUACAAGAGAAACAAAACGUUUUUCAGAAGUAACGGACACAUCAGAAAAGCUGAAAUGCUUGAGUGUUGUAGUAGAUAUGCUUCCAAAGCCAAACAAGGUAAUCCUGGACAGGUUAAUGUACCAUCUGGCAAGAGUAGCACAUCAAGUAAGUCGAUUAACUACUACGAAUUAUUAAAAUAUGUUCAACAACAACAUCUAACCGUGAUUACGACGUGAUAACCUUUUUGUUACAGGAGAUGGUGAACAAGAUGAAUGCCUCCAACUUAGCAGUAAUCUUCGCUCCGUGUAUAUUGAGAAGGAACCAAGCAGUUCAUGCUCAGGAACAACUUGAAGACGUCCAGAAACAGGCGGUCUGUGUUCAGAUGUUGAUAGAAGAGAAGCUGCGGCAGUAUAAGGCCACGCUGAAUCAGAUCGUGGAGUUGGAGCAGGCUUCUGAGAAGGUCUCCGAAAACUUGAGGAGGAUUCAGGAACAUCGUCGAUCAUCAGACAUGAGUGAAGGGCUACAGGAGAUGCAAAGAAAGAUACAAGACGCUACAGACCAACUUCAAAACUGUCAAACUGUGGCUGCUAGCGGAAAGGAACCUAACAUCGAGACAGCUAGACUACUGUUCGAGGAACAGUUGGACUUCCUGGACCAGGAAAAGUAAGAAAACGUAUUAUAGUCGUCUAUCUGUAUAGAAAUAAUUACCAAAUAUUUAGUUUCCGCGUUAUAUCAUUACAUAUUUUAGCAAUUAUGUGAACCUUACCUUAUUUUUUAGAUCCAAAUUGAUCCAAGAACUGCCCCCACUGGCUCCAGUAGCCUCUUCAGAAGAUCUCACAUCAAAUUCCACAGAAAAUGGUCGAACUAACAGUGCUUCCCCAAGUAUGUGGUCGAAUUCGGACGUGUUCCUAGAUGAAUAUGCGAUAGAUAUGGAGGCUCCUCCCGUCCUCAACCGGCUACCGUCGCUCUACAAGAAGCAUCCGAAGCCUCAUUCAUUCAAAGGUCAGAAGAAGCCUUCUGCUCCGAGUAAUCCACAAUGA